UUGUCCAGUCCGUCUCAGUCUGUGCACAGUUGAGGACAGCAGCUCCAGGACUCUAUGAUGCUCGAUUUUUUUCAGUUUGCAAGAAGAAAACUUUUAGUGCUUUCCCAAAUAUAUUAAGCACACUCGUAUAAUGAAGUGAUCGGACCCAUUAAAGUGGACAGCGGGCCCCUGGAAGCUCGGACGAGUGUUGCUGCAUGUGGAUGCUGUGAACGAUGAGCUGCUCCGGUGCUCUCCUGCUCUGCUAUGGGAUGAUGAUGAUGAUGAUCGGGGCAGCAUCACUGGACCUCCAGCCCGACAUGCCAAACGUGUGUGAGGAGCAGGAGAUGUCUAUGCUGGGAGUGAAGCAGCCAUGUGUUCAGGCGUUUACACGGUUGGUGAAGGUGUGGAGGCAGGGCUGCUCUUCUCAGCGCUGGUGCGUGGGCUACGAGAGGAGGACAGGGUAUUAUACAGUGUAUAAACAGGUAUACAAUAUGGAGAUGCAGACCGUCUUCAGGUGCUGCCCAGGAUGGAUGCAGAGAGGAGAAGAGAGAGGCUGUUUGCAUAGAAUGUGUUCUUCUGGUACCUGUUUUAAUGGUGGGAAGUGCUCUGAGACCAGCGAUCAGCUAUGUCAGUGUCCAGAAGGGUUUGAGGGAACGCGCUGCCAAUAUGAUAUAAACGAGUGCGCGGUCAGUAAUGGAGGUUGUGAAGGCACGUGUUGUAACACUAUCGGCAGCUAUUUCUGCAAAUGUCCUGGUGGCAGUAACCUCAGAGAUGAUGGGAAAUCUUGCCAAGAUAUAGAUGAGUGUAAGGAGAUGAAUGGCGGCUGCCAGCAGACGUGCGUGAACACACUCGGUUCCUAUCACUGUGAGUGCAGUGAGGGUUUCCGCAUACAUGCUGAUGCCCGCACAUGCAUAGCGGUGAACUCUUGCUCAGUGAAGAAUGGCGGAUGUGAACACAAGUGUGUGGAUUUGGGAAACGAACAGUACAAGUGUGAAUGUCGCAGCAACUACCAGCUCAAGAGAGACGGAAAACACUGUGAACUGAAGGACCCCUGUAAAGAUCAUAACGGUGGAUGUUCUCAAAUCUGCACUGAUGUGAAUGGACUGGUUCAGUGCAGCUGCAGAACAGGAUUCACACUGGCAAAUGACCUUAGGAGAUGUGAAGACAUUGAUGAAUGUCUGUCCGGUCAGACUAAAUGCGCUCACGGCUGUGUGAACGUACCAGGAUCUUUCCGCUGUGUGUGUAACCCGGGAUUUGAACUGGGUGCUGAUGGGAAACAGUGUUACCGAAUAGAGAUGGAGAUUGUGAACGGCUGUGAGAAAAACAAUGGUGGCUGCUCUCAUCGCUGUGAACACACCACCAGCGGGCCCUUGUGCUCAUGCAACCAAGGCUACCAGCUCGAUGAAGACCUUAAGACAUGCAUAGACACAGAUGAGUGUGAAAACGGAGAAGCCUGCUGUAGUCACUUCUGUAAAAACUACCCAGGAGGCUACGAGUGCGGCUGUAGACCAGGAUACACACCCAGCGGAUGCACAUGUGACGACAUUGAUGAGUGUGUCUCCGAGACGUCAGGCUGCUCUCAGUACUGUGUCAACUCUCUGGGCUCUUAUGAGUGUUUCUGUCAGGUGGGCUUCAGGCUGGACUAUGACCAGAAAUCAUGCUCUCCUCUCUACCAGAGGGAAGUGGAGCAGGAGGAGGAGGAGGAGCAGGAUGAAGAUCUGUUCGGCAGUGAAGUUGAGCCAGAGGUUCUGCGUUUGCCGAACUUACUCUUCCGCCGGCCUCCUCAACUGCUGCAUUACACCGCUGCUUUACAUAGACCGUACGAUGACGACACACACACUUACUACCCAGAAGACACACAUGACCCAGAACACAGAGAAGAGCUGACCACCAUCAGUAAGACUAUGUGUGAGACGGGCGCGUUCGGGGAUGACUGCAGUGUGAGCUGUGAGGACUGUGUUAAUGGAGGAGUCUGUGCAGCAGAGAAGGACCACUGUGUUUGUCCGCCCGGCUGGACUGGACUCGUCUGUAAUGACACUUGUGCUAAGGGCACAUAUGGAGCUGAGUGUAACAGUCUGUGUGUUUGUAAGAACGGGGGCCGCUGUGACCCAGUGACCGGGAAGUGCUUGUGUCCUCCAGGGGUCCACGGUCUGCACUGCGAAAACGGUUGUCCGCAGGGUUUCUAUGGGCGACUGUGUCGGAGGAGGUGCAACUGCCCCAAUAAUGGACACUGCCAUCGUCUGUAUGGAGGCUGUCUGUGCACACCAGGACUCUACGGCAAAUUCUGCCAUCUGCCAUGUCCCAAAUGGAGCCAUGGUGCGGGUUGCUCAGAGGAGUGUGAAUGUGUGCAGGAAAACUCUCUCUCUUGUGACCCCCAAAAGGGCACCUGUUCGUGUAAACCUGGUUAUCAUGGGGACCGCUGCCAGACAGAUUGUGAUGAAGGAUACUUUGGUGUUGACUGCCGUGGGGUGUGUAACUGCUCUGAUGGGGAGCCUUGUGACUCUAAAAGUGGAGAGUGCCAGAGGACGUGCCCAGCUGGAUAUCAUGGAGAGAAAUGCCAGAGGGUGUGUGAGGCAGGUUUUUGGGGCGCAGGCUGUGCCAGUGUGUGCCAGUGCGCCAGUAAUGCAGUGAGCUGUGAGUCCAGCAGUGGGCGCUGUGUGUGUGAGUCUGGAUACACUGGACAACACUGUGACAAGAAAUGUCCUGAAGGCCUGUAUGGAGCAGACUGUAAACAAGUGUGUGAGUGUGAGAACGGAGCAGAAUGUGACCAUGUCAGUGGAGCUUGUACCUGUACUGCCGGCUGGGUGGGAUCUCACUGUGAAAAGAGAUGUCCCGUUGGGUUUUACGGGCAGGACUGUGUGCAGAUGUGCCAGUGCAGGAACGAGGCCCAGUGUCACCACAUCACAGGCGCCUGCCGCUGUACCCCCGGCUGGGCACCGCCACACUGCAUUCUGGCUUGUCCAGCAGGUACAUUUGGUCUGAACUGCAGUCAGUCAUGUGACUGUCACAAUGGAGGGUCAUGUGACCCGGUGAGCGGCCAAUGCACAUGUGCACCUGGGUGGACAGGAGACAACUGCCAACAGACCUGCGCAUCUGGAUGGUUCGGGAGGAACUGUGAGCAGAAAUGCAUCUGUCCGGUGGGCGUGGCCUGUGAUCAUGUGACGGGCAGAUGUGGAUGUCCUGCAGGUUACACUGGGAACAGCUGUGAGAAGAUGUGUCCACAGGGCAGGUUCGGCCUGAACUGUUCUCGGGUGUGCACGUGUUCUGGAGAUCAGUACAGGUGUCACCACAUCACUGGGAGAUGCAGCUGUCAACCUGGUUACAACGGCAAUCGCUGUCUUCUUAGAUGUCGAGAAGGCACUUAUGGCCCCUACUGUAAGAAGAGGUGUAGCUGUGCCAAUGGAGGCCGAUGCGACUUCAGGAAUGGCUCCUGCAUCUGUCAGCCAGGAUAUUUUGGACCCAACUGCAGCAUCAGUUGUCCCUCUGGUCACUACGGGAGAGACUGUGCUCAGGUGUGUUCAUGUGGGGAGAAAGGACAGUGCCACCCAGAGACAGGGAGGUGUAACUGCACCCCUGGUAGAACAGGACCGUCCUGUGGACAAAUGUGUCCAAGGGGCCGCUAUGGAGUGCAAUGCCGGAGUUUCUGUACGUGUGCAAACGGAGGAGUGUGUGACCCUGUGAACGGGACGUGCAGAUGUGGGCUGGGAUGGACUGGACAACAUUGUGAAAAAGUUUGUGUCUCAGGUCACUAUGGUGUGAACUGUGAGCAGGAGUGUGUCUGCCAGAAUAACGGUACAUGCGAUCGUUUUACCGGAUGCUGCUCUUGCCCGUCUGGAUACUAUGGUCCUGCCUGCCAACACCGAUGCCCUGCUGGCUUUUUCGGUGAGCUUUGUGCUCAAUCAUGCGACUGUAAACAAGGGCACCAGUGUGAUCAUGUGACUGGAAAGUGCGAGUGUCCUCCUGGUUUCCAUGGCAACCAGUGUGAAAAACGUUGUGAGUUUGGCCAUUUUGGACGUGAUUGUGCAGAUGUGUGCGAGUGUGAUGGGGCGUCCUGUGAUCCGAGCUCUGGACAGUGUCUCUGUCCUCCUGGAAAAACCGGAGAACACUGUGAGAAAGUUUGUGACAACAGGUAUUAUGGGCCGGGCUGCUCUUUCCAGUGCGAGUGUGUUCAUGGAGGACAGUGUGACCCUCAAACUGGACAUUGUUCCUGUCCUCAAACCUGGCUAGGGCCAACCUGUGAACAUGGUGCUUUUGCAGAUCAUGCGUUUGCUAACAUACACAAGAGGCGACGGCAUGUUUCACACUCCUAGUCCUGCCACAGACACACACACUCGGCUGACAUCCAGCAGAAGGCGAGUGGCAUGGCUGAAUGAGUGUGUGACUUUAUGUGCGACUUGUUAUUAUGGGUUUUCCCCCCAGACAAGCGAACCACAGGAGAAUUAGUAAGAGGAAGCAAUCCCGAAAAACACAGACAGACACAAACACCCCUCUGCAUGCACACAAGACCACUGACAGCCUGCCAAUGAAUGACUAUCUGUGAAGAAAGGACAGUUUAAGGUGAAUAUCACACAUCUAACAUGCUAAAGAUGAUCAGUGUAACUUAAACACUCAUGUUGUGAGCUCUGUUUGUGCAUACAUUUGCAAAGUCCCACAUCAGACAGUCAAACCAAACCAUCCGAUCAGCCGAACGCCCACCGAGCCACAAAGCUUGACCAAAUUUCGCUAUUACAGGAUCAGAGCGAAGCCUCAACCGCUCAUUUCUAUAGUACAUACCACAAAUACACCACUAAAGUGGCACAUCAGAAUACAGCAACACUCAAUGAGAUUAUUGCCUUCCAUACAUACCAUGCAAAGUCUAAAAUUUACCUUGUAAACGUACACCAACACUAAAUUUAUCCUUUAGCUUUUAACGAUGUUGUCUAUAAAGUCCUCUUUUAUAGUACUUUUAUGUUUUUUUUAAGUAUAUGAAGCAUGAAUGUGGAGCAUUUGUGCUAGAUAUUCUAUUUUAAGGGAUCGUUCACUCAAAAACGAAAGUUAAUUCACUCGCCCUCAAGCCAUCAGAGAUGUUACGUGACGUUUUUUUUCAAUAUAACAUAAAAAAAGAUUUUAAGCUGAAACUGUGGUCCUGUGUAAUUAAAAAAAAAAAAAAAAACAAGUCAAUGGUUUCCAGCACUGAAUCAAAAAAAAAAGUCAGGCAAAACAAAAUUCAGUUCAAUUAAUUCAUUCUAAAAUAUAUUUGCAGUACAUUAAUAGAAGUUAUUGCCUUUAGUACACUUCUUACAUACAAUAAUGGGAUUAAGUGUGACAUUAGACAAAAUGCGGAGGUUAAUCACCAUCCGUCAAUUCAGUUUGUUUGUGUAAAACCUUAUACUUUUGGUAUUAUUUUUCAUCAAACAAUAUAUACAAGAUAACUCUUAUGCAAACUACUUUAAUCAAAUUCACUUCACAAGUCCUCAAUGUAGUCAGAAUCCAUUGGUAUUCAUUUAGUUUUGCUUGUAUGUUUUUUUACUCUCUAAGUGUCAGUAACCAUUGACUUGCAUGUAAAGAAACAUUAAGAAAGUUCUAAAAAAAAAAUCUUGAAUUUUCUACUAAAGAAAAAAAAUCUUGAAAGUUCUGAAUUUUGGAUAUGAACAGCACGUAUAUAUUUUUAGAUGAACUGUACCUUUAAAUCCAUCUGGUUGGCUUGUGUGAGUGUGAUGUAUGUCCUGUGAUGGGAUUCCUGUGAUAGACUGACUGUAAAUAUUCACAGUAUUGUCAGCCGUGAUCGUGCCGUCUGAGGUAAAUUGUUAAAGUGGAGCUGUCUGACUGGAUUUAGACACAAUCUGAUGCUUGUAAACUGAACGGACAGUUCCUCCAAAAGACAUCUUUACAUGCCAAACAAUCCUAAGCUUUAUAAAUGACGGUGCUUUGAGCUCACUCAGCAGUCUUUUACUGUAACAAUGCUGUAAAAAGUGUUUUUGUUCCUGCUCUGCCUUUAUUCUCAGGAUGUUAUCAAAAGAAAGUAAAAUGUUGCUGUACAGUGAAAAAUAAAAUGUUUUGGUGCUUAAACUUUA